AUGUCCAGCCCGCCUCGUAACGCCGAAAAUGCCGCACCCGCGACCCUGGUGAGCCCCGCGCAUUUGUCGUCGUCGUCGUCCACUCCCAGUUCCGCCUCUGCCUCCGCCUCCGCCCCCAUCAUCUCCAGCCCAAAGUCCAGUCAAAGUCCCAGUCCGAGGGAUCCAGCUGUCAACCCGACUGGUCUCGAAGAACUUGGUACCGAUCCUGAUACUGUUGCUGGUCUUGCUGCCCCGGUCGCUGUUGCUCCUGCUGCUACUGCCGCUGCCGCUCUCCAACACCAAACUCUGCCUCCAGUCCCUCCGCAAUCACUUCAAGUUCUAGACACCCCCCUAGCCCAAGCUGCAGAUCCACCCCCUGCCACGGCCGCUGUCACCCAGCACCAGCAGGAUGCCUCGUGCCAUGUCGACCCGAAUAUUAAAAAGCCCCGAGGCCCUGCCGCCCUCCCGAGGCAGUCCGGACCGUCCUUGCUAACCCAAGCCCUCGCCUCAGCUCGCGGCAUCCCUUCGAGAACACAUUCCCACCAAGAUCAAACAUCGCAACCUUCUAGCCAGCUGUCCACCCGCUCGCUGCCCUCGCCUACCGCCGACUUCGUUCCUUCCAACUCCAACUCCGACCCAUCCUCUGCUGCUGGCCUGGAUCCUCUCGCCGUCGACCCUCGCAAUGUUCCCUCCCUCCCCGGUCAUGGCGCCUCAGUAACUCCCAGAAGCGCUCCUCAACCCGGCAUCGUACCCCCGUCCGACAUUACCAACCAGACCGCCGCUCUUCAUACCCCCGACGCCGACAUGGAGAUCAUGACAUCGCCCACCUACGAUAUGGCCAGUUUCCAGGGUAUUCGAGCAAUGUUGCUAGAUCACCGCGACUUUCUCAAGAGCACGCGCUCCCCGCGUGCCAGGGGCUCGUCUUUGGAGCGAGUUGACCCGGAGAUGCGAGCACAGGGAGGCCUCCGGAAAAGUAGAGCUCAUUCCCACUCCACCAGCCCAGAAGGAUCUCUCAGUUCAGUCGCGCAAAUGGAUCAGAAACUACACCAGGGUGCCACUACUGUGCCUGAAGGCCGACCGAAGAAACUGGAGCAGCGCUUCUCCGUUGGACCCGAGAAGAUAUGGUCGAUUGGGUCCAGUGAGGCCAUCGACGGACAAGAAGAUGGUCAGGUGGAGAAGUCCGUCCACGAAGCCAUGAUUGGCGCCGAGCCCAACGCUCGCAGCCGAAAGGCUAGCUACAGUCUUCGAUUCUUCCGAGAGGGACUGCCCAAGGAGGAGAAGACGCCCGGACGCAAAAAGGAGCAGCGCCCUAAAGAGAAGCCUUCUCUGAGCUCAGAUUCGCAGGAGCCGCUCUCGUCAGACAUUGCCAUCGAAGAUUUCGCCAAAGCUGCCAGUGCUCAACCCUCGCCUAGGAUUCUCGACAAGAAGGACCGGGUGCCAAAGCAACUGGAAAGAGUCAAGACUUUUCCCCUUCAGUCACCUCAGGCCGGCGAAACUCCCAUCCUGACCGACUCGCCCACUCAAGACUAUUUCGGGUUGAGGAAGGUUAACGGCGACAUUUUCCACAAGGUGGAUACCGAAGUUGUCAGACAGGUCAUCGAUAAGACCGGUCCUACGAAUGGAGACAAAGAGGGCGACGCUGCGCUGCCCUCAAUUGAAGAAUCCGGAGCGACCGAGACCCGACGCCUGUCCGCCGACAGCAGUGACCCUGGAGAAAGCCACGAGGAGGGAGAUGAGUCUUCCGAGGAGAAAAUUUCUUCAGCUGUGUUUGUGCCGCACCCUGGCUUGGAGGAGGCAGCUGAACGCGAGAGAGACGUGGCGAAACCGAGACAGACGCCUGGUCGCACCACGUCCAAAGCCAGAGCUGAGGAUUUCCACCCUUGGCUGGUGAAGGCUGAUGAGCCCGAGCCCGAGGAGGAGCUGCUGCUGCUCUCUCCUGACCAGCCUCCCGAAACUCCUUCCAAGUCGAAGCCGAAGAGUCUGCCCGGCGAGCCCAACAUUACUCUACGCGAGGUUCAACCGGGCACCAUGGAGGACGUGAAGGUUGAAGAAGAGUCGGAGCCACCGACGCCGAAGCACAUCCCUGCACACAUUGAUGACCACGCACACAAUCAUCAAGUGGAGCAGAAAGAGCCUCUCGAGGCCAUCGAACUCAUCCCCUACAAGCACCAAGUUGGCGGCCACACCACGCUUUGGCGCUUUUCCAAGAGAGCUGUCUGCAAACAGCUCAAUAACCGGGAGAAUGAGUUUUACGAAAAUGUGGAACAGGACCAUCCUGAUUUGCUCUCAUUCCUCCCACGGUACAUUGGUGUUCUCAACGUAACUUUCCACAAGCAACCCCGGCGCAAGUCGACCCACAGGCGUGAUGAUGCUCCCCUGCUGGAGCGGAAGCCGACCGGAGAUAUUGGUGCUACAGCUUCAGCGGACGCGACCAAGUCCAAUGGAUCCAACGGCGCGUCUCAGCCGAGUCAGGAGCACCGCCGCAUCAUCAGCCAGUCGCUCUCUUCCGCCCCGGAACCGAUUCCGACAGUGACCUUUGACGACAACUGGCACAUCUUACCCCGGAACCUCCUGCAACCGACGCCUCCUCCAGUCGCCAUACCGACGCGGGGUCGAAGUACAUCAUCUGCAGGUCUUCCCGACAAUCCUGAGCAGAGCAAAAUGGCAUCCCCAACCAGGCCCAGUCUGGAUGAUAGGCACGCGAACAGCUGGGGUGCAACUACCGUCAACAAGCGACUGCGCAACGAGGUGUUCAAUGACGUCUUCUUGAAGCAGCCGAUUCCGAUCCACAAGCAUCGCCGCCCCCACCAAAAGUCGAUGGCUUUUCGUAAGCAGCCGACAUUGAGGCCAGCUAGCUCUGUACCCGACUUAGUCCGCAGACAGGAUCCGUCCGCCGUAGAAGGUCACGCACCUCAAAAGCCCAGCCCGCUUCGGCCGAGGAGCUCCUCGCCGCCACCCACAGAGAGCAUUGCCAUGGAGCGCCCGAGUCAUCUCGAGGCUGCCGAAGCAGAGGCCGAAGAUAGCGAUGUCAAGGACGUGACUGGCACCAGUGCACCGGAGCCUGAGACUCUUGCGGACAAGAUUAUUGCUCAGAAGAAGAAGAGACGCUAUUCUGGAACAGGCCUCCGACGGAAGCCACGAACAGUGACGGAGUCUAGAGGACAUCUCAAGUACUGGGAAGAGGCAGAUGACGCUGGCUAUAGAGGUGAAGACGAAGGCGGGCAGUCCCUCAUCACGUCCCAAGUGAACUCGCCCAUGAUCGAAUCGCCAAGCACGAAUGGCACAAACGCCAGUGAAGGUGCCGCGAAAGAACUGAGUCUCCCAGUGCCUGCUGCUGAUGCAUCUCAAGCCGACGUCCCGACCGAAGCUGAGCACUCUACGUAUGCGUCAACUGUCCCGUCCGAGGUGCCUAGCCCUACCCAAGAGUUCCGCAGAAUCCCGCGACCCGUGAAUCCGAAGGAAGCACAAACGCAGAGAGACUCCCGCGUCGAGUACUUCCUUCUGUUGGAAGAUCUCACAGCAGGCAUGAAACGGCCCUGUAUCAUGGACCUAAAGAUGGGCACCAGACAGUACGGCGUUGAGGCCAACCCCAAGAAGCAAAAGUCGCAGCAGGGCAAGUGUGCCAGGACAACCUCGCGUGAACUCGGCGUGCGUGUAUGCGGACUUCAGGUCUGGGAUGUCAAGAGCCAGAGCUACGUCUUCAAGGACAAGUACUUUGGACGUGACCUCAAAGCCGGCCAAGAGUUCCAGGACGCUUUGACGCGAUUCUUGUACGAUGGCGUUGAUUACGCGAGCAUUUUGCGACACAUUCCGACUAUCCUGCAAAAGCUGGAUCACCUCGAGUCGAUCGUCCGAGGACUGGACGGGUACCGAUUUUACGCCGCCAGUCUCCUCAUGUUUUACGACGGCGACACGACCAACGAGGGUAAUGAAUACGAUACAGUCGUUGACGAUUCCACGACUGACUUUGCAACCGACACGGAGGAGACGUCGGCGCUGCGCGAGAAGAAGAAGCAGAAGAAGAAGCGCGGCAUCGACUUCAAGAUUGCCGACUUUGCAAACAGCCUGACCAAGGGCGACCUUGCAGAGGGAAAGCCGUGUCCGCCGCGGCAUCCCAACGAGCCGGACCGUGGCUUUCUCCGAGGUCUUCGAACGUUGAGGAAGUAUUUCCUCAAGAUCCAGAAGGAUAUUCGUGCUGAGAUGGGUCCGGAUUGUCACGGACGAAGUCAUAGGAUGGAUGGUGAUGAUAUUGCCAUUGAUCACGUCUCGGAUGAGGAGGGGUCUGUUAGCGAAUGA